AUGAGAUUGGCAAAAGGCGGCCCCUCUCCUCCUUACCAAUCCAACCGCGUCGCUAGGGCCGUGAAGUCCAGCAAGCAGAAAGCACAAGGCAGCAGCAUGGGUUGGGAGGAGGCCGCCGCGAACUUCCCGGAGAUCCCGAAGGGCCGCUCCGCCCGCAAGAUCUGGAUGGAUGCCGGGACCUACCCGCUCUUUGCCGUGAUCGGCCUCGCCUCGGCCGUCUGCGGUGGAUUCCUCUUCAAGUACUUUGCCGGCCACACCGACAUUGCGCUGAGCCGGGCGGUCCGCGCCGACCACAACCACCAGGGCGGAACCGACGGCCGCGUCGAGUCGCACAACUCGCGCUUUGGCAUGCGCGAGAUGAACAAGCGGACGAUCACCAUCUUCCCCUUCAACUGGAAGCCGAAGUCCGCCAUCAUUGAGCAGCACCGGUCCGAUUAG